AUGCAUAAGCUCCGGGUACCAAUAUGCUAUAACGGGUACACAUAUUAUGUUACUGAUGGUGAAGCCGCUUUAAGCGCACCUAGGGACUUUCUCAUACCUCUGUGGGUGCUACCCAACACCCGAGAUUGGCAUCCUUCCCUAGGUAAGCACAAGUAUUACGCCGGGUCGAUCGUAAUCAAGCAGGGUAUCGUUAGCACAUCAGAAUAUCUCGUUUUGACGGACGAUAUAAUCCCGUCAAUUGAUUUAAGCGGUGGCUGA